GCGCGGCCGCGGCGGCAGCGGCAGUGCGCCCAACAGCGGACUCCGAGAGACCAGCGGCCUUCGGCGAACCCGCAGCCUUUGGCAGCACUCGCUCUCAACCACCCACUCUCUGAACCAUGGCGGCAGUGGCGGCAGCCUCGGCUGAACUGCUCAUCAUCGGCUGGUACAUUUUCCGCGUGCUGCUGCAGGUGUUCCUGGAAUGCUGCAUUUACUGGGUAGGAUUCCCUUUUCGAAAUUCUCCAGGGACCCAGCCCAUUGCAAGAAGUGAGGUGUUCAGGUACUCCCUGCAGAAGCUGGCGUACACCGUGUCGAGGACCGGGCGGCAGGUGCUGGGAGAUCGCCGCCGGGCCCCCAACUGAGGCCCCAGCCCCCAGCCCUGGGCGGCCAUGUCACCAGGUGCUCCUGUGCAUCCCACCCAGCAUGGGAGCCAGUGCCGCGCAGGAAUAGGGGGUCCCCUGUGCUCUCUCGCCAGAGGAGCAUUUGCCAAGGUCAGUGAGGGGCUGGCAGGCCUCCGGAGAAGCAGCACCGCAAUGACGACAAUAUCAGAUCUCUUUCCACUCCCUUUGUACCCCUCCCACUGUGGGGCGGGGUAGAGGGAGGAGGGGGGAUGGAGGGAGCAGACCUCUGAGAUUUGGGCAUAAGGCAUUCUGAUCUGGACCAAGUCGGGACAGGGACAUCCCAGACCCACAGCCAGGGCCAUGCCAGCAGGCCCCACCACAGAGAUCCAGACAACCACAGCAGCCAGCAGAAUGAACAUUCCAACAUCACCAGCUGAAGCCCUGAAUCUCUGAGCAGCAGACAAGGAGUCAACUGCGUGCCUGUGUGGCGGGACUGGAGGGCGCGGGGGAAGGAGGAAGAGGGUGAAGAAACAGAGUGGGGCCCUCUCACUGUCCCUGGCCUACAGCACAUGCAUUCCAGCCUUGCUGCCUUUGCUCCCUCAAUUCCCCCUUCCCCCUCACUGCCUCCCAAGCCCACCCCAAAAAUGUGUCACCCAAUUUGGACCUAUUCAACCAGUAAAAGAAUCCCAACUUUACUAAAACACCUUCUCUGAGCCCCCAGCCCCUCACUGAUCUUUUCCCUGGUCUCACGCAAUUGUGGAAUAUUGUGGUAAUCGCUAAUUGUAAUGAUUGUGUAAGUGUGCAUUAGUUGUGUUUCCCCAGCUAGAUUGUAAGCUCCUGGAGGACAGGGACCACCUCUAUAAAAAAUAAAAAACAGUACCUCCCCCGUCUUGCAGUGCCCCAGGACCCUGCGGGGCGGUGGAGGCACACCAAAAA